GUUCAUUUGGACGGCACACCUCAAGAAAAGCAUUAAAAUUACGUAAGAACAAUAAGGAAGAUGAAAUUUAUUUUGUAUAUGUAUAUUGUAGGUUUAUAUUCCUGUAUUGAAAUAUAGAAUUUAAAAAUGAAACUUUCAAUUAAUUGGAAGAAACUCAAAUGAGGAGAUUGCAGACUAGCAGUAAAUUAUGUCUCCCUUGAAUAAUUCAAUUUUCAUAUUGUGAAAUUUAAUAGUAUGUGAAUAAUGGAAUUUUUAUAUUCGAACAAGCCCUAGGCUUAAAUUAAGACGAAGAAGAAGAAGAACAAAGAUACAAAUUAACAAUAGAAUUGUCAUCCAUAUUGCUGAAAGCAUAGAAUAUCUUGUAUAUAAUGAUUUUUAAAAUUAUUAUCAUAUGUAUAGCAUUAUUAUGACCGAACUAGUUACCAACAUUUGACUUGUCUUCCUUUUAAUUCAAUUUUUGAUAUCAAUGAUAUUCUCUUUCAACUUUAAUUCACAGGUAUACCAGGUGAUUUUUCUGAAUUGAAUCAGUCGAAAAACUCAUGGAAAAAUGUUACGAUAAAAAAUUUAUGGUUUCGAAGGGGAAAUCCACUUAUGCUUUAAUUUCCUUCAUUUCUCUCACCCUUGAGGGGGGGGAAGAGGGGCAAACUUUAAUAUAACAUGCGCAGUACAAUUUUUGAAACAAAACAAUCCUACUUUCUCUUAAUGAGAAAUAAAUGGAUAUACAUUCUCCAUAAUGGUUAGAAAUUCAGUGUUGUUUGUAAUCUUGCCCUGACUAGUGUUGUUAUUUAUAUAUUUGUUGAAUCUUCUUUGUGCUUGAGACAAUGUCGUUUAAUAACCAGAGUUCCGACAUGAUCCCAAUACAAGUUGAAUAUGCAGAAUAUAAACGGAAGAAAGAAUAUUUGAAGAGAAUAGUGAGACUCACGACAUCAAAGAUGCAGGAUGACGAAAGUGAUGUGGAGAGCGGCUCAAUGAGCUACAGAAUCCAUUACAAAAUCUACAUAGAGGCUCUGGAGCAAUUAUUAGGCAAGGAAGUAGUUGAGAGAAAAAUAAAAGAUAAGGAGGAAAGAGAAAAGAGAGAGAAAGAAGAAAAGAAAAUUGAAGAAAGAACCUGGACCGAAAAGUUAGCAAUUUUCAAAGCUAUGAACAGAGCUUCUUGCUAUAAGCAACUCUUGGAUCAAGUAAUUAUCGGACAAGAAAGUAUAAAAGAUGCAAAUUUGUUAAUGGCGAACCUCUGUAGCCAGGACAAACAAAGAAAUACACAUAGACAUUUAGAAUUCACUCCUACUGUACCAAAAAGGGCUUUGUAAACUGAUGGUUGUUAAAAUAUGAAUAGAUAGAACCAAAUAUGUUGAAUCAAAAAAUAUACCAAAGAAAUAUUAAAAACAAUUUCUCAUUCUGGAGUUUUAGCAUUUAUUUUCAAUACUCCAUUAAAUUUAUCAGAAAAAAUUAUAGGGUUCUAAUUCAAAUUAUUAUCUGAGAUGAUCUGAAAAUAUGUAAAUAUAUUGUAUAUAGUUCUGUAUUAAAAUAAAAAAAUAUAAAAAAUAAAGCUUUUUAAAUUAUUCGAAAUGAACUCAACUGGUAAGAUUGCGGACUAACAGGUCAUUAAAAAUAAAGAAAAUCUUCCCUUUGAAUCAUUCAAUUUUCAUUUUGUGAAAUUCAAUCGGAUGUGAUUAGUGGAAUUCUUAUCUUAUCUAUAUGAGAAAAGUUACAAAAUUAUAAUAGAAUUUUCAUCCCCAUUAAUGAAGGCAAUGAAUAUCUUGUUUGUAGUACCUCCUUAAAAGAUUAUUCCAUAAGAAAAUCAUUUACUGAUGUAGAGAAAAUUCAUAUCUAUGAGAAAAAUUCAUAUUUUCUUUAUUCGUGAAAUAUAUCAAUGUUGUGCAAAAAAAUUAUCAAAUAAUAUUAGAUUCAAGCAUGUUGUGUCACUCAUAUAGAAAUUGCAUGUAGUUAUAUUUCUGUUUCUACUCUGCAUCUAUAUUUUCAGGUUAAUAAUAACUUUUUCCGAAAGAGAGAAAUUCGUAUUUUAAAAUUUUUCAACAAAUAUUAUGUAACACAGCUGAAUUUACCUUUUUUUUCAACGCAAUUUUCAAAUAUAAUUAUUUGAAUCAACCUGCACAUGUGCAGUUCAAUUUAUGUAACAAAAAAAUCCUACUUCCUGCUAAUGAAAAAUAAGUGUAUAAAUAUAUUCUUAGUACGAGUUAUAAAUUCAGUGUUGUUUUUAAUCUUACCCUGAUUAUUAUUUAUAUUUAUAUAUUUGUGAGUUCUUCUUUGUGCUUGAGACAAUGUCCUCUAAUAAUCAGAGUUCCGACAUGCUCACAAUGCGAAUUGGUGAAUACCUAUUUCUAUGUCGUUAUCAAUCUGUAUUUCAAUUAUUCCUAAACAUAUAAUACUCAUAUAUACAGGCUCCUGCAAUAGUGUGUUAGGCUUCCAUAGUUGCCAAACCAGAUGUUUUAGAAAUUUAGUUGAAAAGCAUCUCCUGUGUACUUUCGAUUCUGCAUCUCUGGAAAUUAU